AUGCCUAACUUACCUACCGACGUGAUAAUUUCAGACAUACUAACAAGGGUCCCGGCGAAGACUGCCGCACGAUCUAAAAGUGUCUGCAAGGAAUGGCGUGCACUACUAUGCACGCGUGACUUUGAAAAAGCUCACUGUUCACGCACAUUGACCCCCAGUAAUCAAAGAACCCCGUUGAUCCGUGACCUCAAUUGCCAUAUUCAGCCGAUGGAAUUUGAGACUGCUGAUUACGGCCUGCAGACCAUAGUUCCGCUCCCGUUUCAAGCUGAAAUAAGGGAUGUCAUGAUACUGUCACAUCUGGAUGGCCACCUAUGUGUAUGCUUGCAGCAUACGGAUAAAUUGGUCCUCUGGAAUCCCACCACUGGCGUGCACACACUUUUGGCCACCCCAGCCGGCCAUGGACUGUAUAAAGACAUAGCAGAUACCGUUGGAUUAUACAAUGGCGCAUCUAACGACUACAGAGUACUGCAUUUAUCUCGAAGAUCAGAUUUUCUAUCAGCGCAUGUCUACUCCAGACAGCUGGGAAGCUGGCGAAAAACAGCCUUCGGAACUAACCCCGAAUACUAA